AUGGGACUAAUUUCGGCGAACAAUGACAGUGCAUCAGAUAAGGAUGAAGAGAAAAACAAUGUGGAAAUAUCAAGACCAUCGAUUAGAAGCACACGUCGAGUAUUACCUACCUCUUCCAUUUUUGCCCGUUCUUCACUAACGCAAAACGACAGUUAUGCUAUAGUACGUGCAAGAAUUCGCAAUCACCAUGGAUGUUAUACACAGAAAAAAAGUGUCGAUUCUGGAAGAAAAAAUGAAAAUCGAAUCAGCGGUGGGGCAGAGAGUAUCUGGAAAAAUAGCAGAAAAAGACGAGUACAUCAUGAACAAAUUUGUUACGGCGAAAGGAUUGCAGAUGACUUAAUCAAUGAAUACUGUGACAAGUUGAACACUGCACUGCGCAAUCGUUUUGAUGGAAUGCUCGCUAUGCAGUACAUUCUUCUGGAACCCCAAAAUUUAGACAAAUUUAUAACUUCAAGGAAACCGGUGCUUCAAAUUCUUCUGGAUCAAAGAAGGGAGCACUACGUGUUGGUUGAACGGAAUUUUCUUGAGGACACUGUUGUUGUGUUCGAUUCGCUUGCUAAUUCCAGAAGAAAAGCAAGAGAUGCCUUAAAUCAAGGGCUAGCAGAGCAAAUUUUCAACAUGUUCGGGCAUUUAACAUCAAAUAAUGAAGUAAAAGUAAGGUAUGAGAUUGCAAUCGAGAAGCAAGACGAUAUGUGGUCAUGUGGCUUACAUGCAAUUGCAUAUGUUACAUGCCGAGCCUUCGAUUACGAUCCUCAGUGUUAUGUAUUCAAAAUGGACAAGGUUUUCAAAUACUUUUGCAACUUGUUGAAUGUGCAGAGUCCCAAUGUCCAGCAAUUCCGACAUGCAUUUGGAAGAUUUGCAAAGUAA